AUAAUAAUAAUGGAAAGUUUCCUUCUUCUUCACAAAUCAUAAAUCACAAUUCAUCUCGCGAGCUUCAGCAGAGCAAGCAAAACAAUGGAGAAGCGCCGGAGAUAGAGAGAGAGAGAGAGAGAGAGAGAGAGAGAGAGAUCUGUCAUCUUCCCAAUGUCGCCCGGCAUUCUCUAGUCCAAGAUUCUAACUUCUUCCUGCAGCCCACUUGUUUCUCUCAGAUAUAGUUAUGGCCUCUCUCCCAACGGAUCAAGGUUUCAUUGAUUCGGAUGUAUACCUCAGAUUAGGACUCUUAUUAGAACAUGGCAAACGUUUGAAAAAGCCACCCGCAGUUCUGUCUCGUCUCGCUUCAUCUCUUGAGAGAUCUCUCUUGCUCUACGAUGACAACAAGUUACUACCGAUGAUGCUUCAAUCCCCUGAAGACUCUGUUGUCACCGAUUUUGAUGGCUCAUCUCCCCCUGAGAUCACCAUUUCACAUUACUUGGAUCGCAUUUUCAAGUACUCUUGCUGCAGCCCUUCCUGCUUUGUCAUUGCUCAUAUCUACACCCAUCUCUUCCUCCAGAGGACCCGAUCCCUUCUCAAUCCCCUUAACGUCCACCGCCUUCUCAUCACUUCUGUCAUGUUAGCCGCUAAAGUCUUCGAUGACAGGUAUUUCAACAAUGCAUACUACGCAAGAGUUGGAGGUGUGAGCACGAGAGAGUUAAACAGAUUGGAGAUGAAGCUGUUGUUCACCCUUGACUUCAAGCUUCAGGUUGAUCCUCAAACGUUUCACACACACUGUUGUCAGUUAGAAAAACAAUACACCGACGGCUUCCAAAUCGAGUGGCCGAUCAAAGAAGCAUGUCGUGCCAACAAAGAGACUUGGCAGAAGGGGACACCUGACUCACUCUGCUCUCAAACGACUGCUCGCUGAUCAUGUGGCAAGAGUAAGAUAGGAUUUUUUGUGUUUUGUUAGUGGUGAUUCUUUUGCAAGAUUGAUUGAUUGAUUGAUUGUGACACUUUGUGUAGUAGAAAAACUUUAUUAAAAAAAACCUACGAGCUCAUUCUUUAAGAGGCGGUUGUUAUAUAUAGUUUCCAUUGAUA